AUGCAUAUGCGUUGUUGUGCGCACAUCUUAAAUAUCAUUGUUAGUGAGGGGUUGAGUGAUUUGGACAUGUCAAUUUUAAGGCUUCGUGCUGCUGUGAAAUAUGCUAGGUCUUCUCCUCUUAGGUUUGCGAAAUUUAAAGCAUGUGUAGAACGGUCAAACUCUGAAUACAAAGGUCUAGUUUGUCUUGACGUGGAAACUAGGUGGAACUCAACAUAUUUAAUGUUAGACUCGGCUUUGAAGCAUCAAAAGGCAUUUGAAGUGCUUGAAAUUCAUGAUCCUAAGUAUUCUGAGGAACUACUUAAGGGGAAGGGGAAAGGUGUGCCUACUGGUUUAGAUUGGGCGAAAGCACAAUCAAUUAUGCCAUUUUUAAAAAUGUUUUACGAUGCCACCUUACGAAUAUCUGGUUCCUCCUAUGUUGCCUCUAAUAUGUAUAUGUUAGAGGUUUUUGGAAUAGGUGAAAAAAUACUUAAAAUGUGCAACUCCAAGGAUAUGUGCUUAAAAGUAAUGGCUGAUAGGAUGAAAACAAAGUAUGACAAAUAUUGGGGAAAAUAUGAAAAUUUGAACAUGUUGUUGUUGAUUUCUUCUGUCUUAGACCCCAGGAACAAAUUAAAGUUUGUCAAUUGGUUGAUCACUCAGAACUUUAAUUCAUUUGAUGCAACCAAAUUAAAAGAUUUGUUGAAAACUCGUUUGGAUGAACUAAUUCUGGAGUAUAGUGGUGUUGGAGAAGGAUUCCAAAGUGAAUCACAAUCAACUGAAUUUGAUUUAAGUGGUAAGGAAGAUCUUUAUAGUUAUAAUAGAUUUUUAAUGAGCGCUGGUUCGUCCUCUACUGAAAAGUCUGAUUUGGAAAGGUACUUGGAAGAAUCUUUAGAGAGUCGGUCAUCUACCAACUUUGAUGUUUUAAACUGGUGGAGGUUAAACUCAAGCCGUUUUCCAAUUCUUGCAAAGAUAGCCAAAGACUUGCUUGCCAUACCUAUCUCCACAGUGGCCUUUGAGUCUACUUUUAGUACCGGAGGACGAGUGAUUGACGAAUACCGUAGUUGUCUCACACCUCAAACGGUUGAAGCUCUAGUUUGUACUGCUAGUUGGCUUAAAGGAUUGCGUAAAUCGUCUUCAAUAAGUGAUUCACUUUUAGUUGAGGAUUUCAAGGAGCUUGAGAUUUUAGAGGAAGAAAUAACUUCUAUGAAAUUUGGUGGUGCUUGUUCGGUUCAUGUUUCUCUUGUGGUUAGGGAAAUUGAUGAGAAUGAAAAUUUCAACUUGGAUGCAGAGGAUGCAAAGUUUGGAUUUUUCAACUUCAAUUUGAAGCCACUGUUGCUGCUAAUGAUGGGAAUUAAAACAAGGGGCAAAACAAAGCCCUGUUGUUUGGACAUUUUGUGUCUGGUUGAUGCCUUCACUCUUGUUUCACAUGCUUUUGCAGGUGUUGAGUUAGUGUCUAUGGAUUUGAAGGAGCAGAAAUUAACCUUAACUGGAGACAUAGUAUUGUUGGCUUCAUGCUUGAAGACUUAA